AUGGAAAAAUCGUAUAAAACUUCCGAAACUACCAUGUUUUCGUUUCCAAAUCUUGAAGACAAAGGUACCUUAGGUACUAAGAGUCAAUAUAACAAGACUGACGCGUAUAAUCAAAAUGAAGAAAAUUUUAAUCGUUUAGACAAAACAGAAGGAUCGUUUCAAGAUACUUAUAAAAGCGUAUCUAGAGGUGAUUAUAGCGAUACGGCUGAUAAUAAUUCGAUUGUCGUAGCUGAGAAAUUUUCGCCUGAUCUGGUACAACAUAUUCUUGGAAAACUUGGCUUCGAUGAAAAUGAUGUAGCAUCAUGGAGUGAACCCAUAGAAGUUCCUUUUGGGGUUUCUUCAACUCUCUAUAUAGCCCGCUUUGCCAUUAUCCACGGUUUACCGUUUCAGCAUAUUAAUCUGUACCCAGAACUUCAAGAUAUUUACAUAUUCGGCGGAAACAUUCCAAAAUUUAUACAAAAUAAAAUUCAAUCAGUGAAUCCCGAGAAAAUCUUGGGUGGAAAAGUUCGAAACACCAUCCCAGCAAAUAUAUUUACAUACAAAUAUAAGUUUAGAUCUAAUGAACAGAAACUCAACGUGAUUAGUCAAAUAAGAGACAAAUUUGGUGAUGGAAGAAGAUUUCUCUACCGUGGAAUUAAUUCUCACAAUAUUAACGCAACUCUUACAUACGGGUUUAUGGAUGUAAUAUUUCGGUCUUCCUUAAGAAAGGAAUUUGGGCCAGGCCUAUAUACCACUCCAAAUCUCGAUUAUGCCAUUUCAUAUGCUGGAAGGAAUGGUACGCUUUUAAUCUUCGAUUUGUCUAAUUUCGAUAGAAAUCUUACGUCCAAGCAUUUAAAAGAUCUAGAGGAAUGGAAAGCAACAGUCAAGGGCCACAUUUGUUUAGGGGAUGAUGAUAAGCCAAGACCACCGUUUCAUGAAGAAGAUAUUCUUGAAGGUUUGAUUUCCUCCAACCAUGAUAUUAUCAGAGAGUGUCAUGAUCCAAUUCCUUCGGAAGUUGAACAAGUUGUCGGCAGAACAGAAUUAGCCUUUAAGGCUUUUGAAAAUCGUUUAUUUGCCAUCAUAUAUUUGUUUUGA